GGCGGAGCUGGCUCGCGGCUCGCGGAGCCGGCUCUCCGGCCCGAGACAUGGCCCGAGGUCCCGGCCAGCUAGGCCAGCCUCGCCCCGGCACGGUCGCCAUGCCUAAGAGAGGAAAGCGACUGAAGUUCCGGGCCCACGACGCCUGCUCGGGUCGAGUGACCGUGGCGGAUUACGCCAACUCGGACCCGGCGGUCGUGAGGUCUGGACGGGUCAAGAAAGCAGUCGCCAACGCUGUUCAGCAGGAAGUCAAAUCUCUUUGUGGCUUGGAAGCGUCCCAGGUUCCUGCAGAAGAAGCUCUUUCUGGGGUGGGUGAUCCCUGUGAUACCAUUGACAGCAGUGAUGAGAUGGAUGUCCAGGAGGAAACCAUCCGGGAAAGAACCAUCUCCCGAAAAAAGAAAAGCAAGAGACACAAAGAAGACCUGGAUGGGGCUGGAGGAGAAGAAUAUCCCAUGGAUAUUUGGCUAUUGCUGGCCUCCUACAUCCGUCCUGAGGACAUUGUGAAUUUUUCCUUGAUUUGUAAGAAUGCCUGGAUUGUCACUUGCACUGCUGCCUUUUGGACCAGGUUGUACCGAAGGCAUUACACGCUGGAUGCUUCUCUGCCUUUGCGCCUGCGACCAGAGUCGAUGGAGAAGCUGCGCUGUCUCCGGGCUUGUGUGAUCCGAUCUCUGUACCAUAUGUAUGAACCAUUUGCUGCUCGAAUCUCCAAGAAUCCAGCCAUUCCAGAAAGUACUCCCAGCACACUAAAGAAUUCCAAAUGCUUGCUUUUCUGGUGCAGAAAGAUUGUUGGGAACAGACAGGAACCAAUGUGGGAGUUCAACUUCAAGUUUAAAAAACAGUCUCCUAGACUAAAGAGCAAGUGUAUGGAGCGGUUGCAGCCUCCCAUUCAGUAUGAAGAUGUUCAUACCAACCCGGACCAGGACUGCUGCUUACUGCAGGUUACCACUCUCAAUUUCAUCUUUAUACCAAUUGUCAUGGGAAUGAUAUUUACUCUGUUUACUAUUAAUGUGAGUACGGACAUGCGGCAUCAUCGAGUGAGAUUGGUGUUCCAAGAUUCUCCUGUUCGUGGUGGUCGGAACCUGCGCAGUGAACAGGGUGUGCAAGUCAUCCUGGACCCAGUGCACAGUGUUCGACUGUUUGACUGGUGGCAUCCACAGUAUCCAUUCUCGCUGAGAGCAUAGCUACUGCUUCCCAUUCCUUCCCAAGCCCCAACCCUGGGGUAGCUUUGAGUGUAGUCCAUUAGUGAUCAGAUACGGUUUGGAAGGGGUACUGGAUCAUAUGUCUGAUUAGUAUUGCACUUGCUGCUUGGGUUCCUGGGACUCUACCACAAGAGUAAAAAGAUUGAAUCAAGAGAAAAAUUUAACAUUAAACAUGACAUAGAAACAUCAAUGUAAAAAUUUCCACUUGAAAAAAGAAAACCGACCCUGUGUUCGUGUUAAACCCCAUUUGGUGCUAUUCAGUUUGUUUUUCUUUAUUCUUUUAUCCCAGCAGAAUGGAUGAUCUUGUUCUAGGGAAAAUUAAACGUAAAUUUUCAAGCAAGGAAGUUUCCCUUUUGGAUCAGAGGAACCUAAGCGGCCUAAAAUUAUUGCUACUCUUACUUCCUAUGUAGCUGCUCCUCAAAUUCAAGUGAUUAUUUUUCUUUUCCCUUUAUCCUUCUCCAGAAAUAAAGCAGGUGACAGGGUUUUCAGAAUGUGACAAGA